UUUAAAAAAAUCAUGUGUGAGCAGUUCAGUCUUUGUUAAAUUCAACUGAUCAAAUUAGAAAAAUAAUUUUUUUUUUUAAUUUGACAUAAAAAAAUGGCAUCAUCUUCUAAUAUGAAACAAUUAACAUCAUCUAUACCAAAAUAUGGUGAACGAAAAAAUUGGAUACCUCGUUGUGAUGCUGAUUACGGUGGUGGUGGUGCAUAUCCCGAAAUUCAUGUUGCACAAUAUCCAUUGGAUAUGGGCCGAAAACCGUCCAAAAAAAGUAAUGCAUUGCCUGUUCAAUAUGAUGCCGAAGGAAAUAUUAAAUAUGAUGCUAUAUUACGUCAAUCAUCUGAUCGAAAUAAAAUAAUUUACAGUAAAUUACAAGAUUUACUUCCAAGUGAAGUUUUGAAUCCCGAAGAGCUAGCAAAACCAGAUGAAGAAGAAGUGCAUAAAACAACUGAAGCUACUAAAGCCGCAUUAGAAAAAUUAAUUAAUAGUAAAAUAUCAGCUGCAUUACCGGUACGACAUGCCGAAAAAACUGAAGAAGCUCAGUACAUUCGUUAUACUCCAUCACAACCGGGCGAAGGUCAUAAUUCUGGAGCUGAACAACGAAUCAUUAGAAUUGUCGAUGUUCAACGUGAUCCGCUCGAACCACCACGGUUCAAGAUUAACAAAAAAAUCCCUCAAGCUCCUCCAUCACCGCCACCACCUGUUAUGCACAGUCCAACAAGAAAAUUGACUGUUAAAGAACAGCAAGAAUGGCGUAUUCCACCUUGUAUAUCAAAUUGGAAAAAUGCACGUGGUUAUACAAUACCAUUGGAUAAACGUUUAGCUGCUGAUGGUCGUGGGCUUCAACAGGUUCAUAUUAAUGAAAAUUUCGCCAAACUUUCCGAAGCAUUGUAUAUAGCUGAUCGAACUGCUCGAGAAGCCGUUGAAUCACGUUCACAAAUGGAACGAAAAAUGGCACAGAAAGAAAAAGAAAAGAAAGAAGAAAGUCUUAGACAAUUGGCCCAAAAAGCUCGAGAGGAACGAGCCGGUAUUCGAUCAACAGCUCCUGGUGAUAGUAGUGAUGACGAUGAUGAAGUGAAAGAAAGAAAUCAAAUUCGACAGGAACGACAAAAAGAACGACAACGAGAAAAGAAUUUGAUGCGUGCUGCACCAGAACGACGAUCAAAAUUAGAACGUCAACGUGAACGUGAUAUAAGUGAACAAGUCGCUUUAGGCAUGGCUAAUCCACGAAUGAAUGCUAACGAAGUUCAAUUUGAUCAACGAUUAUUUAAUCAGGCCAAAGGUCUGGGCACUGGAUUUGGUGAUGAUGAAGAUUAUAGUGUUUAUGAUAAACCAUGGCGAUCAGCACAAGCAAUGUCACAGAAUAUUUAUAGGCCAACAAAAAAGAAUGAUAAUGAAGUAUAUGGUGAUGAAUUAGAACAAUUAUCAAAAAAUCGAUUUGUUCCUGAUAAAGAAUUUUCCGGUGCUGAUCGUUCGACUAAACGUGAUGGACCAAUACAAUUCGAGAAACAACCAGAAGAUGAUGAUCCAUUUGGUUUGGAUAAAUUUUUAACCGAAGUCAAAAAAGCAAGUAAACGACCUGAAGCAUCAUCGGCUACAUAUGAAAAUAGAAAUAAAGCAGAUGAAGGGAAAACACCGGAAGAAAUUGAAGCCAAAAAGAAAGCAUAUGCUGAAAAGAUUAAACAGAGAAGAGCCGAAAUGGAUGAAAAAGAAAAAGAAGCUGAAAGAUUAAAAGAGUUACAACGUCGUCGAGAGGGAAAAGAUAUGGGAAAAGUUCGUGAUGAAUUACAGCGUAAACAACAGGAAACUUAUAUAGAAAGUUUAAAACGUGAAAAAGAUGAAGAAAAAGCAGCAAGAGAUAAAAUUCUUAAACAAAUUGAGCUUGAUAAAGCUGAACGUAGAGCCCGAGCACAAGGUAUUCCGACGGGAGCGAAUCCUUCAACGUCAUCCGCAGUCAUAACUCCUUCCAAACCGAGUCUUGUAUCUACAGCUUCCAAAACAGGUAAAACUAAAUUGGCAAUUCGAUUAUUGGACGGUACUCAAGUGGUUGAAGAAUUUGACGAUAAAGAAGUACUUUCAGCCGUUCGGGCUUAUAUUGUAACUCAGAAGAAUAUCGAUUUUAACAUAACAUUUACAAUGCCUCUUCGACCACCAUUCACUGAAGAAGAUAUGACCAAAUCAUUAUUUGUACUUGGACUUUCUCCAAAUGCUCGUUUACAAGUGGUCAAACGUACAUCAUAGAAGCUUUUUAAUUGAUAUUUUUUAAAAAAAUAAAGGUUUUCACCAAUGCCCACAUUUA